AUGUCGGGCGGCCGGAGGAGGGGCGGCGCCCCCUGGCACAGCUUCUCCCGGUUCUUCGCUGCCAGGAGCCCUUCCCGGGACAAGGAAGAGGAAGAGGAGGAGAAGCCGGGGACCGGCCCGCCGCCCGCCCGGGGUCGAGGCGCUGCGAGUGUUGAAAAUGAGCCCACGAGUACAAGUCAGAAAAAGGAAAAUACAUUUUCAUCAGAAGCCGUAAAGAUCUCCCCCAGUGAGGACAGAAGGAUCCACCCUGAGAAGCCAGUCAGUGCUGUAGGAGAGGAAGAUCCGCCAAAGCCAACUGACCUCGUGAAUUCCAUGCCAGCUACCAAAACAGGAGACAGUGACAGACAACCCAGAGAAGCAGGAGAAAGUGACAGACAGCCCAAAGAAAGCUUCUUCCAGUUUCUUGGGAACUUAUUCAAUAUCUCAGGAAAGUCAUCUCUUGGGGAUGCUAAGCAAUCUUCUUUUAAAGAUGACCAUGACAAACCUGAGAAGGACUCACAGACUUCUGGGGACCAUCAUCAGGAGGGGGUCCGAAGAGAGAGGCAGGUGUUCAGUAGCUCCUUAGGAGUCGGAGCACUUCCAGUGGAAAGACCAGAGCCCAGCUCCUCGGAACUCUCAGAUGCAUUUUCUCUGGAUACAACACAAGACAGCGAGCAAGAAACCACUGAUCUGCUGAAACAACACGGUGGUAAGCCAGAGAGGCCAUCAGUGACGUAUGCAACCUAUCGAGGCCCUAGACAAAUCAGGAAAUAUUUAAAGCAACAGACCGCUUUAGAAGCUGUGAACCCCUUAGACAGAGAAGAUGACAGUUCUAACUCCAGUACAAACACACGUGUUGGUCCUAGAAGCGAAGCUGAAGCUAAGAAAGCCCCAAGGCCAUCAGCCAGUGUAGACACACCCACACAAGGAUAUUUGCUGGGCAGUCCAUUGGAAGUCUCUGACUGUGGCGAAGUAGAUCUCAACACAGAAAGCUAUGUAAAAUCCAGCCCAGAAUGGCAGCAUGCUGCUGCUUCUAAGGAUAUUUUCAAUAAAACUGUUCCUGGGGAGUCCACGAGAAAUUGGUCAUCCCCGUCCUCUGUGACUAACUCCAGCGACCCUGGUAGAGAGCCUGACUCACGGCACCACGUGAGCUGUGCGCCUGUUUCUCAGCCUGAUGCAAGUUUGGUGUGUCUAGCAGGUAAAAGCAGCAAAGUCCCUUUAAGUCCUGAAUUUCAGAGCAGAACUGCCGCAGAAAAUGCGAUGAGAGAAAACAGCUCUGUGAUGAAUGAUAGCCCAACGGUGCCAAGAGAUGAACAUGUUGCACCUCAGAGACCUGCUGUUUCUGAUCCCUCUUGUGAUAAAUCUAGUGGGAGUGACACAACCAAACUGGAAAGCACAAAUUUGUCAGGUGAAAAUAAAUCAAUUAGGCAGGAAGAUCUACAGUUGCAAGAGAGUAACUGUUCUGACAGGCCAGCUGCACCUAAGUCAUCCACGCAGGCAGCCAGUCACACCAGCACCACGGCUCUCCAGGGACAGGCUGGGACAGACACACAACUUGUAGGGGAAGGGAAGACAUUUCUUGCCCAAGACUCGCAGCAAAAUGUGGGUGUUUUAGAAAUCACACAAGAAACAGAAAGCGCCUCAGGUGGUGAACCCGCAAAUUUAAGUCACUUAAGAGCUCCAGAAGACGGAGCUGAGCUAUUAACCAAAGAUAUUGACCAUCCACAUGAAUCAGAAAUGAGAAAGCUUGGUUUGGGGUCACAUGGAAAAACUCACAGUCCGAGAAUAAACCAAGAGAACGGUGCCUCAGCGAAGCCCAUCAGCGAGGCAGCAGUUGCAGCGUGCCUGGGAGAUGCAAUUGCGUCCCAACUGAAUUUUGGACUUAACAGAAAUCACGUUUUGGAAUCUCCUCUUUGCUCAGAGAAUCCACGGCAAGCCGCAGUAUCACCUGAUGAUAAGACACUCAACCCUGAGUGCAAAGCUUCAGAUUCGAAUGGCGCACCUCCUACCUUUGCUUCUAGAUCUGACGCGCUCAUGCUCGGCAAGUGGGGGCUCCCUGUCGGAAAGACGGAAGGACCUCCUGCUCCCACUGGAAGUGGACGUGGCCACAUGACUGGCCUUUCCUCUCAGGCUCGUAAGUGCCGAGAAGAAAACUUGACGAACCACGUGGAGGCUGCAGAUGAGAAGACACUUCCUCCUGCUCCUCACCGUGGAGCACUUCUGGAAUCCAGGGAAAUUCUUCCUGAAAGCGAAAAACGCCAAUUUCCUUCAAGUUCUGAAACCAACUGUGCACAUUUAACUGGUGUGGUCCUGUUGAAUACAGAGCCUGGAAGCUUCUCUGAGGACCACAGUUCCGUUUUGUCUCAAGGCCCUAAUAAAGCAGAGAUAUUAUUGUCUUCAAACACUCAAGUGAGCCAGAGCAUAGCAGAGACGUCUACUGCUGUUUCUUUGAAGGCCAGCAUGGAUAACAUUGCUAAAAUUUUCUCAAAAUCUGUGGCUAAUGGUCAGGGCAGCAUUCCCGGCGAGUCACAUUCUGGAAGAGGGAAGUUCUCCAAGUGUGCGUCUGCUUCCCACACAGAGCCCAGGGACAGAUCUCAGAGUGACGUUCCUUUUCCUCAACUAGAAAUUGCAGUUGAACCCACAAAGACUAUUUUAUCAGAGUUAACUUCUCCUGACAUUCAAACGGGCAAAAAUUUUCAAUCAGUGGAUCUAAAACACAUUAAAGAGAAGUGUUCAGAUGCCGGCUUUAAAGAGGAUCCCCAGGCCGAGCUUUCUCCUUCUCCCUCCAAAUGCCAGGUUGCACAAGAAACGGAGGAAGACACCUUAAAUGAUCCUGCUUCUCGUCUCAGGAGGCAUCUGCCUGGGAUUUUACCUCCUGAUCCAGAGAAAAAAGGCACAAAGAAUAUGGUACAGGCUGGUAAAGCUAACCCUUGUGAGGUUUGUCCGUCUUUGGCUGCUUGUGGGAAUACAAAGAGGUCUGGCCUGUCAGAAAUGGCAGGACUAAAUUUAACUAAUAUUUCUGGAACAUUCCAGGAAACUGACAACACAAACAUAAAUUUACCUUUUGUGGGUCCUGAUACUGGUUUGGGAAAAGAUGCAUUUGCAUCUGAGGAUUCAGACUUGCUUAAUAUGUCCUCUGAGCUGAGGUCAGAAAGAAAAGUCUCAUCUCACAGAGAGAACCCUCACUUGCUGAGUGGUGAGACUGACGACUUAAUUUCUUCCUCUUCUCCCUCUGAAAGAGUUACGAUGGCUUUAAAGGCACAUGAUCCCCCAAAUAAUUUUGAUUCUGUAAAAGUUCCUGUAAACCUCGUCUGUGAAGGUACCACUAUAAUUAACUUGCUGGACCCUACUAGCUCUUAUUUGGAAUUGGAGACACCUAUCCCAAUAGGGGCAGAAGAGACGCCCCUUCAGGAAUGUUUUGGGACCAACGCUGGGAAGGUCUCUCUUGAUUUCCCAGCUACUGUCCAGACUGACCGUCCCGUGGAGGGAGAGACUGCGGGAACAGUUGCUGGGGCCGUGGUGUCAGUUAACCGCUCAUGCCAGCAGGGUUCUGAAGCCUCUGUCCACCUUACAGAAGCAAGGAGAAGAGCACAUGACCCACUUUUACUCAAGACUGAUUUACUGGCAAAGGCCGAUACAUUAAUUGGAAAGAUUUUAAAUUCUGCCAGGGAAGAACUAAAAUCCAAACAUACCGUUGAUGCCUGCCCAGAGCUUAUAGCCAUAGAUGAUGUCAUGAAUCCAGGUGCCCUGAAAGAAGAUACGUCAUCAGAAGGGAUGUUACCAGGGAUCCAGUUGAAAGCAUGCUUGGAAGAACAGGGCAUGGAUAACAUGUCAGAAGUCAAGGACGAUGAGAAGGCCGGUGUCUCCCCUGCAGCUGGUGAGAUAAGUCUCCUUGUUGACUUUGAUAGAAGGAAUGUAUCCUGCUUGCUAGAAGACCAGGCUAGGAAAUUAGUCAGCGAGGUCAUUUGUGCAGCCCAAAAAAUUUUGACAGACGAUGCUUUCAAAAACACUGAGAAUACCUGGGGUUCUGAACCUCAGGCUAGUACUUCAAAAGUUCUGAAUAAUGAUGGUGUGAAGCCAUGUGACACAGUUAGGGAGUUUUUGGUGCCAGAACAGGCAGUAGAUCAAAGCACAUGUGAAAUUAGUGGAAAUAAAGGAUUAAGUAAAUUCUCCUCCGUAAGUAACUUACUUAGUGACACGGAGCCAAUUAAAGGCAGAGAAAUUGUUCCCUAUCAGAAACUCCUACUUUCUGGGAGUGGAGCUGAGCUGUCUGGUAGGAGAAAUCUGGAGGAAUCAGAUACUGCUGUACAAGCUGAAGGCACACUCCAUAAAGGGUUGGAUGACAUGUUAAGAGCACAUGGAUGUGUCAAUAAGGACUGUGCAAAGUCAGCAGACGCAGAGCACGUGGAUGACCAUAAAAUGGCAACAGACAACACAAGGACUCUCGUAUUAAAGUUCAACUUCCCUCCAUGUGUCAGUGAUAACAUCCACAUGCCUGGCACAUCCAAAAGCAGUUUGUCUGAUAGCCUGGUAUGUAUAUCCGACAAAAGUUUGCCAGGGCAUAGUAAAAGCAUAACCCUGGCAAUGUCAGAAUUGGAGAAAGUACACAGAAAGGGUACUGAAGUAAGAGGAGAGAAAAUUGAGCUUCCUUCCAUGUUAGAAAUGGGGAAGGCAAACAAAAGGGAGGCUGACUUGAACAUCAAACGAGCAGUAGCCCCCCAUGCUUUAGAUAAAGGAAGAACUUGUAAAAAGAAUACUGAAGUGACUGUUGCAAAAACUGAGUCAGAAGCUGACGUCUUUAAAAUGAGAGACGCCCACCGAAUGGAUGCUGAGAAGCAUAUUGCAAGACCUGAGGAAUUACCUGCCACGUUGGGACCAGAAAGACCUUAUGAGACGGAUAUCGAAGGAGAUGUUGGCAGAACGGAAGUGAUGCCUGCCAUAUCAGACAUGAAAAACAUCCACCAAAAAGAUGCUGAGGGAGAUAUUGUAAAGACUGAGGUGACACCUGUUUCAGGAGAAAUGGAAAGUAUUUACCAAAAGCACGCUGAAGGGGAUGUGCGCAAGAUUGGGGUGCCACCUGUUACGUCAGAAAUGGAAAAUGUCUAUCAAAAAGAUGCUGAGGAGGUUACUGAAAAGACUCAGGUGGCACUUGUUACAUUAGAAAUGGCACACACUUACCAAAAGGAUGCAGAGGACAUUGUAAGGACGGAAGUCCUGCCUAUUGAGUUAGAAAUGGAAGACAUUUAUCCAAAAGAUGCCAGCAGGGUCACUGACAAAACUGAAGUAAUGCCUGAUAUGUUAGAAGCAGCAAAUAUUUGCCAGAAAGAUACUGAAGAGGAUACAGAAGAGACUGAGAGACCUGUGAUGGAGAUGGAAGCUGCUUACCAAAAAGAUGCUGAAGAGGUUCUUGGAAAUACGGAAAUGGCCCCAUUUCUGUUGGAAGUGAAAGAAUUACACCAGGAGUUAGUACCUUCUUCCUCAGAAGUUUUGGAAAGAAGAGUCAAAACAGAUAUUAAAGAGACCAGUGAAAUAGCUGUAUCCAUGCCUUCCACGAUAGAAGUGGAAAUGCCAUCCCUAGAAGAUUCAGAUGGCAGUGUUGAGGGACAUGAAGAAUUGUCCACAGAGGUGGACUUCAGGGAAGCAAAUGGAACAAGACUGGAAUCGGAUACUAUACAAAUGGAGGCCAUACCUCCUGUCUUUGAAAUGGAGCAAAUACCCCAAGAGUACACAGAGGGGGGUGUUGAAGGAGUGCAAGAAGAACCCCCUGGAUGGAGGGAAGGGCUGCAUGGAGAUAGAGUUGUUUCCCAUUUCAGGGGCUAUGAGUCACCUACAUUAAGUAAGGAUUAUGAGGGCUACCCGGCCCUAGCAAUGCCUGAUUUCCAACCAGGGGAUGCAGUAGUGAGGCUCAAUAAAGUAAUGUCUGCUGCUUCAGUCUACUAUCCAAGGCAGCAUCUAGGUUAUAGGGAUGACAAGGAAGAAUUGGAUUUAGCGUUUGUCUCUCAGGACGAGCAAGAGACUUCUUCCUUUACUAUAAUAUAUGAAGAACCCUUGCGCGGUGAGGACAGGAGUGCUUUCACAGAGGUGAGAGGGGCGCCGUCUGUCUUGUCUGCCGACACAUCUGCUGACAGCGUGCCUGUUCUGGCCUGUGAGAGGUCUGAGAGCAGAACUGACCUCAUCCAUGCUUUUGAAAAAGACACGAAAACAGGUGAGACAUGUGAGAGUGAGAAUCCAGAAGCGUUCUUAUCCGUGGAAGCCAAAAGGUACAAAAUUUACCCCUUGUCCCUAAGUCCCAUUUAUGAGGAUGACAGCCCACAGGAGGACAUUCUGUCCAGUGAAGCCUCACCUGGUCACCAUGGCUCCACUAAGUCAAGGGAGAGUGCCAACCAGCCGUCGUCUGUCUUGUCACUUCUUCAGUCGGUGUCCGAGCGCUUAAAGAUGAAUUUUGAUGAAGAUGAUGGACGGAUGGCUGAGGAAGAAGAGACAGAAGAAGGAGCUUCAUAUGAAGAUGUGAGAGCUGAAAGGAGGGAGCAUGUUUUAUUCCACUUGCCAGAUCCUUCCUUCACAUUUUACCCAGAUGAUGACCUGGAAAGCACUGGGAUUUCCAGGAAUUCAUAUGUAGUGCCAGAUGAACCUACUACGUCCAAUCUGCAAGUUGGCCUGUGGCGAGAAAAGACGUCUGCGUUGCAAAAAUCAGACCUUACUUCGAAGUUGCAUUCCUCCUUAAAGAGCGCUUACCGUCAGUACCUGCAGACUUGCAAGACGCGGUCCUUGGAGAAAGGAGCCAGGUCGAGUGGUGCUCUGCAGGAGCCGGGCUCAGAGUACCUCCGUGGUCAAGGCAACGCCAGCGCAUUGAGCUCAUACAGAGAGAAUGUCGACAGACAAAUUCUGAGAUGUAACCCAAGGCCUGGGAAGAUGGUUAUCUAUGAUCUCCACGGCAGUAAAUGUAAACAAGAGAUCUACUCUAACAUUCCUGAUGCGACAGCAUGGUCGUUUCCAAAUGGGGUACUGAUCAGAGUUGUCAGGGGCUGCUGGAUUUUAUAUGAAAAGCCACAUUUCCAAGGUCAGAAAUGUGUGUUAGAAGAAGGGGAAAAAAUAUUAAAUCGUGACUGGACUCUUCAGAACAGAAAGCACCCAGAAAGAACCUUUCUUUUGGGUUCUAUCAGACGUGUAGUAAAGGACUGCAGCAUUCCAGAGAUAGAGCUUUGCCCACAGUCUGACCUAGGGUUUGGUCCAAUCUACAUUCAGAGAUCAGUCCCCAAUUUGGAAGAGCUGAAUAUCCCCAAAUCUACCUUAUUCACCGUGAAGUCAGGCGUUUGGCUUGCCUACCCAGAUAUUAAUUUUAAGGGGCAAGCUACAGUUUUGGAGGAAGACCAAGGGCUCUUUGAGAUUUCUGCAGCAGAAAUGAAAUCAUUGUAUCCACUCCAAAUGGGUGGACUGAAGGUGGAAAUGCCUAUGAACUUAAAGGUUAUUAUUUAUGAAAAACCUCACUUCCAUGGAAAGACCAAAGAGUUUAGUGAACAUAUCGAUUCUGUCCCUAAUUUUUUAAAAAGCGAUAAGAACUUCCAUGGGAUUGGAUCGAUGCGUGUCGUUGGUGGAGUGUGGGUUGCCUAUGAAAAAGAACAUUUCAAAGGCCAGCAGUUCCUUCUUGAAGAAGGAGACUUCGAAGAUAGCAUUGCCUGUGGGGCACUAAGUGGUCCUAUCUUGUCUUUCCGGUACUUACAAGCUAACUUUAUAGAGUCUUCUAUCACACUGUUUGAAUCUGACCUAGAAAGUGGGAGGUUUAUUGACAUUACAAAUCAGGAAAUUUCCGACUUAGAAGAAAUUGGCUUUGGCUGUGAAACAAGAUCUAUUCACGUUAGAAGUGGCGCAUGGGUUGCCUACCAGCAGAAGUUCUUCUGCGGAGAUCAGUACAUUUUAGAGAAAGGAAAAUACAAAUGCUUUUUUGACUGGGGCGGAUCAAAUAAUAUCAUUUUGUCAAUCCGACCCAUCCAGCUGGAGCCACUUGGAAUAAAUGAGCCUCCACAUUUGCUCAAAGCAUUCAGUAAACCAGGGUUCCAAGGUGAAUGUAUGAAUUUUACAAAAGAAUCUACUGAUUUUGCCUCAUUCACACCGUGUUCUUUUAAAGUUCUCCGGGGUUGCUGGCUCCUGUAUUACCAAGAGGAUAGCUUUUAUAACCAGUGUGUGUUAGAAGAAGGGCUCUACGGGGACCUUGCUUCCUGUGGCUGUCCAACAUCUCGAGUAAAAGCUGUCAAGCCCAUUGACUAUGUUUUUGAAGAGCCUUCCAUCAGCCUUUUUGCCCUGGAACACUGUGAAGGGAGAGAGUUACAUCUCGAAGAGGCUGUGAAUUCUGUGUUGAACAAGGACCUGCACUUUUAUACCCAGUCUGUGUGGAUAAAAAGUGGACUAUGGAUAGCUUAUGAAGGGCCCAAUUUCCUGGGGAGACAAACCCUCCUGGAGCCUGAUGAGAUCCCCAAUUGGACAGCAUUUAGUGGAUGGAAAACAAUUGGUUCCCUCCGUCCUAUGAAGCAGCCUGCAGUGUACAUCAGAAUAAAGAACAGAGCCCAGAAUGCGUACCUGACCGUCACUGGCAAUCUCCUCGACCCCCGGGCAACGUCUGUGUGCGUCGCUCCCUACAGCGGGAAGGACACUCAGAUCUGGCACUACUGCCGAGGGCUCUUUAAAUCCAAGGCUACAGAUACAUGCCUAGAUGUGAUUGGUGGCCGUGACACCCCGGGAGCCAAGGUAGCCCUGUGGAUUGAGCAUGGGCAAUUCAGGCAGAAGUGGAGAGUGAACAAAAACAGAACCAUCAGCUCCUAUCUCAGCGAUGAACUUGUCCUUGAUGUUAAAGGAGGAAACUAUUGUGACAAGACUCAUGUCAUUGUAAAUCGGGCCCUGGAGGGAGAAGAAACACAGACAUGGAACAUUGAAAUACUGUGAGAGCACCAGCAGCCUCUGCCCAGAACACAGGAGCCCACCUUCCUCACGGUCCCGGCGCGUGGAAAGCGAGCCGCCGUGCCCCCCCGUGGCACUGCCGAGCUGAGCAAACCUUGUCCGAAGUGCCAGGACUGCUGGUCGCUGACCAUGAAAAGCUGAACAUUCUCGCCGGUUAUUUUAUGUUCCUAGGAAGAAACUGUAAUGAUUUCUAAGAAAGGGUCAACUCCUGAUGGACCCCAGUUGUGGUGGCCACGUAUUCUGAAGUCUGUGUUUUCUCUCGUCAACACCAGACAUGAAUCCUACCCCUGGUGGCCCAUUAUCAGACACUGGUGAUGCUGUCACCUGUGUUAGUUCAUAUCCUGCUAGAUGCUUGUGAGCAUGAGACACAGGGAAACACACUCCUAUAGGCUGGCAUACUUUUGCAAAAAGAUAAUUUUUUAGCAUCACCUGAAAACAUUUAAUGAGCCGUUUUAUUAAGCUGCUGUGUUAAAUAAACCUUAAGUUUCUAUAAGGAAGCUUUUAUAACUGAAACACCCUACAAGUAUUUAUGCUCUUUAACUGGACCCCAGGGAGGGAACUCAGCUUCAUGAGGCAAAAGCUACUAUUAGCAAGUGUUUUUUAUGGUGGCCAUUCUCUGCUCAUGGUUUUUUAAACCCAGAAAGUAUAAAGAACCUUAAGAACCUGCCUUGCAUUCCCGUGUUCUUCACAAAGACGCCUCUUGACGACGGGGCUCCUGGCGGCCGCCGUCCUGGUACUGAGACCACACCCCAGGCCUUGCCUGAUUUGCCCCCAGUGCUUACAAAGACUAAGUCACUUGAAUAUGGGGCACCGCAGGCAUUCAAGCUUUAAUGUACUCAUCUCAAGUAGAAGUGCAGCUGAUCACUGUGCCCAGUGACAGAUUAACUGUUAAACAACGUCGGGUAGCAAACCGUCUGACCUGGGCUCUAGUCAUGACUGCCUGUGGUGGCACAAGUCACAGGCACGUUGUCCCCCACCCACCCCCGGGAUGGGCCUAAAAUCGAGACAACUGUUACUCUAUUUUUAUACAAAUUUAAGAAUUUCAAGCGAUAUUUUAAAAAAUAUCAACCUCUAUGCACUUUAGAAUGUAAAAUAACAGUGAAUAGUUUCAAUUUAAAGACCCACUAUUUUGAGUAUUUUUUAAUCGACUCAAGUCUUCCCAUGUAAAUACUGGAUGUCUUCUUCAAUCUCAGGCUCUGCCCUCAUCAUCCUAAGUAGCAUCCAGAAACACUCUCCUGUCUACACGCACUGUGUGCCUCUCAUGGGUGUGGCAGUAUUUAAUGAAACUUACAUUAAAGGUAUAACUUUGUUUUAACAGAGGGGGUAUGUAUACUCUGAGAUAUGUGUAUUUUCACUGUAAAAACAUCAACUUUAUUCAAAAUUAAUUUUUAAUUGUUAAAAAAUAUUUUUAGAGUCAAGGAGGUUCCUUAAAAGAAGUUUCUUCCAAAGAACCAAGACACACCCAGGUUAAUGACAUUUAAUUCUUCCUGAUGUACUGGAGUUGUGCCUUUUCUACCACACUGGAUUAAAUAAACUUCCAAAAGUA